AAUAAUUUAUUUUUCAGAACAUUAUUUUUCUAAACUUUAAAUAACUUAAAAAAAGGAUUUAAAAUAUCGAACAUUUCAAUAUGAAAGAACAGCAAACCAAAGACUUAUUGGCACCAAGACCAGUACAUCCUACUGCUAUACGGCACCAUGGUCUAUUUGGUUCAACUUUUGUAAAUCAACAUAUGGUUAUAGAUGAAAGAUGGUCAACGGGAGCUUUAAUCGAUGAAUUUCAUGGAAUGGCGAAUUUAUUAAGUAAACGUUUGCUCUUCAAGAGUUUGGAAAAUAAAGCCUAUCGCAAACAACUGCAUAAAUCCGCCCGUAACUUACGCACCCAAUGUCGUAAUGGACGCACCAAAUUGCAAAACAUUUUGUAUGGCAACAAUGUGGUGGCCAUACGCAAUUAUUUGAUCAAUCACAAGGACAUGCAACGUUUAUAUCAAAAAAUGCCCGUCAAUUUAGUGGUCGAUAAUAUUAAUCAGCGUACGUUUGUCAUGCGUAAGGAACGUGAUCGUUUAGAACAUCGUUUGCAGCAAUUGAAACAUGAUUACGAAGUAAAAUUAGUAGAAAGAGCGAAUAUCGAGAAUCGUAUUAAAUAUGAAAAUGAAUUUAUUUUGGAAGAGGAAAUCAAAUUGCGUGAAUUUCAAAAGAAAGUGGAAAAUUCCAAUAUACGUUUAAAGGCCAUUAAGACUAUAAAUGCUACAUAUCGUAAGGUCAUACAAGUUUUGAGGCAUGAUGGUAUAUUCUAUGAACCUAUCUUAAGAUCACUUUCCAAGGAUAUAGAUGAUCAGGCGAAUUUUAUAAAACAUAUUUUGUAUUUGGGCAUACCGGCGAUAGCUCAAUUCAAGAAAUUAAAUGAAGAGUAUAGGCUUUUGGAAGAAAAAUCCCGCAAGAGCGCCCAACAGAAAAUUCAAACUGUUGCGGGUUUCAAAAAAAUUGCACCGAAACAAGUUCAAGCAAAAACCUCGAAAGCCGCUGAUCUGGUGGUAAAUGUUAGCAAACGUUAUACUCGUGAAACGAAAAGUAUGUUGAAAUUAAAAAAUCAAUUGGAGGAUAUCGAAUCGGUGAUAAAACAAAUUAAAAUGGCAACCUUGUGCUCAAAGGCCAGAGAAAUUUUCCCGAGAUUCCAAUCACAAGUCGAAAGUAAUUUCAAAUUGAUUAAACAAAACGAUAUAGGACAAAUACAUCAUGAGUUCUUGACAUUCAAAGAGAAAUUGGCAGCGGAACAGGAGAGUGUACUACUGCAUAAUUAUUCGGAACAAGAAGAAAAACGUUUGUUGUACAUAAAAUCUUUGGAGGAAAAAAUCAAAGCUGAAGAUGUUAAGGAAGAAGAAACUUUGGCCCACAUAAAAACUCGAGCAGAUGUUUUUGUUAUAUUAAGAUAUACACUUUGGAAUUUAUCGGACAUCUUAAGAUAUGUAGAUCGACCACCUAAAGUUUAUAACAUUAAAUAUCCUAAUACAUAUUUAAAAUUGCCUUUGUUGAAAUUUGAAAUGUUGACCAUGAGAGCCUGUGCUCCCGAAUUAUUCGAGGAGGAUACUAAAUUAAUAUUAACUUUGGUGGAGAAAAAAACUUCGGACUUUAAUGAAGGCCUUUAGUGAACUGACUGCCCCCGCCAAACCUAAUGCACCGCCCUUACAAACUCUGGAGGAGUUAUGGGAAGAGUAUCAUGUGAAUUUCUUAACCAGUAAAGAAACUGAUGAACAGCAAGAAGAUAUGGAUCAGAAACCCCUAUUGCCGGAUGAUGACUUAUUCGAAGAUUCUAAAACUGUGCAUAAUGUACCAAAUCGUAAACAGAUCAAAUUACAAAGUGCCAAGAUUGUGGAAGAACUUUCGAAGAAGGAAGACUAAUUGAAAUUGGCUGCAAGUAAUUGAAUCAUUUUGUAUGAUUUUUAUAAAAAUAUAUUUUUAAGAUUUUUUAUACAGAAAUAUAUUUUUUAUAAAAUAA